AAAUGAAUCAACUCAUUUAGUUUCUUUGGUAGCACACCCAGAGAAAAGUCUCAGAAGGCCAUCCAGGAUGAGAUCCUCUCCGUAAUCCAACAGAUCACAGCUACCGUGACAUUUCUGCCGCUGUUGGAAGUCUCUUGUGGAGGAAUGGAAACAUGUUCCGACUGGGCCUAUCAGGGUUUGAAAUAGAGCCCCAGAAGGGACUGAACCACACGUCUCCAGGAUUCUUCUCCCAGUGUCAUCAAUUGGAGAGAGGAGUCAAGCCUCCAUGGGAAUUCACACAGAGAAACUAGACAACAGCGGAAGGUGCCCUGCUCCAGCUGCAGGGACUCAGCCAGAAAGACUGGAAUACUACAUGACUCUACCUGCAAGUUGGGGAAGGAGAACUCAACACUAUUUGAGAUCUGACUACUGGUGUGAGGAGAGAGAUUGCAGAUGGGAAGGAAGUGGUGCCAAGAGCUGCAGCUGCAAAAAGAAGACCUCGUCUGUGGAGGUGGACACCCACAGCGAAAGCACUACAUCAUCUGAGGUGCCACUCGGACCUUGCUCAUCCAUGGUCCCCGUUUGA